CAAUACAAGUACCUCACAAACAUCUACACCCAUAGUUCAACUAUCUAUCUCCCACCCCCUCCCUCAACUCAAAUCCAAACUCAAAAGCAAAAACAAUGUGCUUCACAAACCUCUCCGACUCCAUAACCCUCACAAAAACCAAACCCGGAACCAGCUCCCACCCCCCCUCUCCCCGAUGCCAUUCACACUCCCGCUCCCGCUCCCCAAACCCCACCAUCUCCAUCCCUGAGAAAUCCCUCCGUCGUCGAAGACGCAGCAGCAGCAGCAGUUGCAAUUGCAGUUGCAGGAGCAGCUCCAGAGAAACAAUCAUCCGUCCUCCGCCACGAAGCUACCCGCCUCCUCCGCGACGAUCAUAUACCACUGUCACGAGGACAAGGUAUAGGACUAUCGAGGAGACGUUCAUUCCGCUGCCCGGGAGGGUGGUUAGGCCGCCGCCGGUGGUUAUUGAUUUGAGGGAGGUAAGAGGGAGGCAGAGGGUGAGGCCUGGGGUGGAGGUGGAGGAGAUGGAGGGGGUGGAGGUUGAGUGUGUGAGGGUUUUGGAGCCUGAGCCGGAGGUUGAUGUGGAGUGGGUUGUUAGGAGGGGACGGGGGAGGGAGAGGGAGAGAGAAAGGAAGAGGAUAUGGGGGAGGGAGAGGGAGAGGGAGAGGGGAAGGGGGUGUUGGGAAGAAGAGGUGGAAGAGGAAGAGGUAGAGGAAGAGGUGGAUAGGAGGGUGAAGGUUGAGUAUAUUCGGGCUAGGUAGAGGAUAGAGGUAUCUAGGUAGGGCUGGGGUUGGGGUGGUGUUGUGAGGGCGUUGUUUAUGCGUGCUUUGUGAUUCAUGCUUUGCUUCUUUCGUUGCUUGGACAUUCUGUUGCUGUUGAUGAUAUCCAUGUCUGCAUCAUCUAUCCGUAUCUACAGAUAAACUUCCUCCAUCCACGGAUCCUCCCCAUAGCAGCAUGCAUAGAAUGAGCCUGCAACCGGAACAUGACCUCAACAUCCGUCCUUCCGGCAUGACGUCACUCUCUUUGUCCAGUCUGUUUAAUUGAACAUCGGGGACUCAAUGUCAUAUCUCCAUUACCCCACUGACGUUGAUCAUAUAUGACCCUAUCGUGACUGGUCUGCUAUAGCCG